AUGUCUUCCCUUGAGACAAAGGAUAAUGGACCAGUCACCAAUGGCGCGAAACCAAAGACUGGCAUCAAAGUUGUCAUAAUUGGCGCAGGUUUCGGCGGCCUCACGGCAGCGAUAGAAUGCAUCCGCCAUGGGCACACCCCCGUAAUCUACGAAUCCUUUCCCUCACUCAAAAUCCUCGGCGACAUAAUAACCUUCGGCCCCAAUGCCGGUCGCAUCUUCGCGCGCUGGAGCGACGGACGCGUCGCACGCGACAUGCGCAGCAUCUCCAUCGAUCUCACCGAGUACGGCUUCAACAUACAUAAAUGGGAUACCGGCGAGAUUGUCAUAAACCAGAAGACCCCGCCCCGCGACGAGAAGGCGCCGAAUUUUAACGGACAUCGGGGCGAGCUGCAUGAGAUUGUGUUCAAUUAUGCAAAGGAGAUUGGGGUGGAGAUCAACUUAGGUCAGCGAGUCGAGAAGUACUGGGAGGAUGAGAAGGAGGCGGGUAUCGUGCUUGAGGAUGGUACGAGAGUUGCUGGUGAUCUUGUAGUCGCGAGUGAUGGUGUGAGGAGUAAGGCAAGAACACUAGUGCUAGGAUAUGAGGACAAGCCAAAGAGUAGCGGGUACGCCGUCUGGCGAGCGUGGUUCAGCAACAAGGACAUGUUAGCAGACCCAGAAACUAAGCAAUUCUGCGACAACGGAGAUACCUUCAACGGCUGGAUCGGUCCAGACGUUCACUUCCUCUUCAGCACCAUCAAGAACGGCACCGACUGCUGCUGGGUCCUCACACACCGCGACUCCCACGACAUCGACGAAUCCUGGUCUUUCCCGGGUUACCUGAAAGACGUCAAAACCGUGCUGGAGGGCUGGGACCCAAUGUGCUGGAAAAUCGUAUCCAAGACCCCUGAAGAAAAGCUCGUCGAUUGGAAACUCGUAUAUCGGGACCCGCUACCCAACUGGGUCAGCGGCUACGGCUCUGCACCAGGUCAUGGCCGAAUUUGUUUACUGGGUGACGCCGCGCAUCCUUUCCUGCCAACCAGUGCGCAGGGUGCGACGCAAGCGCUAGAAGAUGGCGUUACACUUGCUGUUCUACUGCGCAAAGCUGGGAAGGAUAAUGUUAAGAAUGCGUUGAGGGCGUAUCAGGAUAUUCGAUAUGAUCGUGUCAAGGCGGUGCAGAAGACGGGAGAGACGACGAGGGAUAUGUGGCAUAAGACUGAUUGGGAGAAGGUGAAGAAGGAUCCUACGUUGAUCCAGUUUCCAAGGGAGGACUGGGUGUUUCAGCAUGAUGCUGAGAAACAUGCGGAGGAGAUGGGGGAUGAGGCAAUUAAGAAGGCUGGGGUUACUGCAUAG